AUGAGCCAGACAGAGCCUCGUCGUCUGUCUUUGUUGAACGUUUGCAAGACCCUGACAUCCCUCAAACAAAUCCACGCCAAUCUUGUCAAACUCGGCCUUGAAACUGACCUUUUUAUCGCCGGAAAGCUACUGCACCACUGUGCGAUUUCACUCUCUGACUCUCUCGACUAUGCUUGUCGCCUCUUUCGCUACACUCCAAACCCGGAUGUUUUCAUGCACAACACUCUCAUUCGAGGACUUGCCGAGUCUGAUAGACCCGAAAAUUCAGUGCUUAAGUUCAUCCAGAUGAGAAGGAACUCAUUUUCUUCCCCUGAUAGUUUCUCUUUUGCUUUCAUUCUCAAAGCAGCCGCGAAUUUGAGGUCUAUGAGAGCUGGAAUUCAGUUGCAUUGUCAAGCUUUGGUUCAUGGGCUUGAUACCCAUCUUUUUGUUGGGACAACUUUGAUAAGUAUGUAUGGGGAAUGUGGAAGUGUUGCUUCUGCGAGGAAGGUGUUUGAUGAAAUGCGCGAACCGAAUGCCGUUGCGUGGAAUGCGGUGGUUACUGCGUGUUUUAGGGGUGUUGAUUUGAAGGGUGGAAGAAAAAUGUUUGACUUGAUGCCCGUUAGGAACUUGACCUCGUGGAAUGUGAUGCUUGCUGGGUACACGAAAGCUGGGGAGCUGGAACUGGCAAGGGAGACGUUUUUGGAGAUGCCAAUGAAGGAUGAUGUCUCGUGGAGUACCAUGAUUGUUGGGUUUGCUCAUAAUGGGUAUUUUGAAGAGGCUUUUGGCCUUUUCAGAGAGUUGCAGAGGGAGGGAAUGAGGCCAAAUGAGACAAGCUUAACUGGGGUGCUUUCAGCCUGUGCACAGGCAGGAGCACUUGAGUUUGGAAAAAUAUUGCAUGGGUUUAUUGAGAAAUCUGGGUUAUCUUGGAUUGUGUCCGUUAAUAAUGCAUUACUGGAUACGUAUUCUAAGUGUGGGAAUGUCCAUAUGGCUCGACUAGUUUUUGAGCAAAUCUUAAAGGAAAGAAACAUUGUUUCCUGGACUUCGAUGAUGGCAGGGCUUGCAAUGCAUGGUCAUGGAGAGGAAGCGAUAGAGCUCUUUCAUGAGAUGGAAGAGUUUGGAAUUAGACCUGAUGGGAUUACCUUUAUUUUGCUAUUAUAUGCUUGUAGUCAUGCUGGAUUGGUCGAACAAGGAUGUGAGUUUUUUUAUAAGAUGAGGGCCAUGUACAAUAUAGAACCAUCUAUUGAGCAUUAUGGUUGUAUGGUUGAUCUAUAUGGUCGGGCCGGCCAGCUUCAGAAGGCCUAUGAGUUCGUUUUUCAAAUGCCAAUUCCACGUACUGCAAUCAUUUGGCGGACACUUCUUGGGGCUUGCAGCAUUCAUGGUGAUGUUAAGUUGGCAGAAUAUGUGACAGAAAGACUUUCAGAGCUAGACCCCAACAACUCCGGUGACCAUGUUCUGCUGUCAAAUGCUUAUGCAGUUGCAGGGAAAUGGAAGGAUGUUGCUUCUGUGAGAAGAUUAAUGACUGACCAGAGAAUGACCAAAACUCCUGGUUGGAGCAUAAUUGAAGUUGACAAGAUCAUUCAUACUUUCAUGGCAGGUGCAAAACAAGAUAAGAUUACAGAAGAGGCGUACAAGAAGCUAAAGGAGAUUAUAUUGAGGCUUAGGGUUGAAGGGGGUUAUGUUCCAGAGAUUGGAAGUGUUUUUCAUGACAUAGAAGAGGAAGAGAAGGAAGAUUCGGUGUCUGUGCAUAGCGAAAAGCUUGCUGUAGCUUUUGGGAUAGCAAGGUUGUGCAAUGGGAGCACUAUAAGAAUAGUUAAGAAUUUGAGGGUUUGCAGGGACUGCCAUGCAGUGAUGAAGCUUAUUUCUCAGAUUUAUAAAGUGGAGAUCGUGGUGAGAGAUAGAAGCCGCUUUCACUCUUUCAAGGAUGGUUAUUGUUCAUGCAGAGAUUACUGGUGA